UGCUAUAAAGCCAGGCGAAGGGCUGAGCCAGUUCAGAGUUCUGCUUCACCCAGUCCACUGCACCACUGUGCCCCGCACCGGGACCCUGCUCUUGUUCCACUCUGCCUGAGCAUCCUUGUCCUCCUAGUUCCUCACCGUGCCUGAGUGCUGGGAUGGGGAACAUGACAUUGAGACCCCCUAUGGACUGCUGCAUGUGGUCAUCCAGGGCUCUCCCAAGGGGAAUCGCCCGGCCAUCCUGACAUACCACGAUGUGGGCCUCAACCACAAGCUUUGCUUCAAUACCUUCUUCAACUAUGAGGACAUGCAGGAGAUCACGAAGCACUUUGUGGUGUGCCAUGUGGAUGCACUGGGCCAGCAGGCAGGAGCCUCGCAGUUCCCUCAGGGGUAGGUGCCAGAUUCAGGGGCUCACUAUGCCCACAGGGUGUCACCUCCCUGCCUGCUGGGAUGUCACUUCCCUGGCCAUGGGCAUGUGGAUGACAAUUCCUUGCCCACUCCAGGCAGCCCUGAUGCCCUGUCCCAGCAUUCCUGCUCUGCAUCCCAUAACAUCAUCCUGUGCCCCCCUGUGCUGCAGGUACCAGUACCCAUCCAUGGACCAGCUGGCUGCCAUGCUCCCCAGUGUGGUGCAGCACUUUGGGUUCAAGUACGUGAUCGGGAUUGGUGUUGGGGCAGGAGCCUACGUGUUGGCCAAGUUUGCGCUCAUCUUCCCCAACCUGGUUGAAGGACUGGUCCUCAUGAACAUUGACCCCAACGGCAAAGGCUGGAUUGACUGGGCAGCUGCCAAGCUUUCUGGCCUCACCAGCACACUGCUGGAUACUGUCCUCUCCCACCUCUUCAGCCAGGAAGAGCUCAUGAACAACACAGAGCUGGUGCAGAGCUACCGGCAGCAGAUCAGCAGCAUGGUGAACCAGUUCAACCUCCAGCUCUUCCUCAACAUGUACAACAGCCGCAGGGAUCUGGACAUAAACCAGCCUGGGACUGUGCCCAACGCCAAGACACUGCGCUGCCCUGUGAUGCUGGUGGUUGGAGACAAUGCGCCUGCUGAAGAAGGGGUGGUGGAGUGUAACUCCAAGCUGGACCCCACCAAUACCACCUUCCUGAAGAUGGCUGACUCCGGUGGGCUGCCCCAGGUCACACAGCCCGGCAAGCUGACUGAGGCCUUCAAGUACUUCCUCCAGGGCAUGGGCUACAUGCCAUCUGCCAGUAUGACCCAGCUGGCACACUCCCGCAUAGCCUCCCUCACUAGCACCAGCUCUGUGGAUGGCACCUGUCCGCAUGCCUGUACCCACUCAGAGGGCACCGAGACCAUGGGGCAGAUCAACCACACCAUGGAGAUAUCGUGCUGAGGUCUACGCCUGCCACUGACGUCUUCUCCAGAGCCAUCUCCCACCCAUCAUCAUCACACCAGCACCUGCCUGCCCUGUCAACAUCCUCCACCAGGGCCCUCACUCCUUCAGGGUCAAUUUGUCUUCUUGGCCAUUGGCCCUUGUCUGGUAUCAGAGGAGAGGGGCAUUGCAUCCCAGCCUUCAACUCCUGGCUCCGUCCAGCGGUCACCAUGGUUCUACAUCAGUCCUCAACCUUCCCAGCAUCGGCCUGGCUCUGGCUUUGGAGGGUAGGUGGUGGUGGGGACAGAAUGGAGGGAGCAGGGUGAGGUGGGGAUAGGAUGAUGGGAUGGGACAGGACAGCAGGACAUGGAAGGCGCAGGAGGUAGGUUGUUGCCCAGGUAUCAACCGACAUCUGGCCAAGCCAGAAGGAAGACAGGGAACAGUGCUCACUGGGGGAGGUCCCUGGGCCCUUCCCGGUGAUGCAGCUCCCUUUCUCCCAACCAGUCCUCCCUGAGGAGAGCUGGUACAGGAUCCCCAGCACACCCAGGACCUGCUGCACUGGAGCUGGCCCAGCAUUGUGAGAAAUCACAUCCCAAACUGUCCCCAUGCCCUGGUCAUGUACCCUGAAGGUUGCCCUGGAGCAGUGGGCUCAGCCCUGCUCCAGAAGCCAUUGGGGCAGGAAGGUAUCAUGUGGGGGAGGGUCCCCCAUCUCUGCUCU